AUGGCGAGCUUGACGGCUGGCGGCGUCAAGUCAAUGGGAGAGAUCGUCGGUGGCGACGCCUCCGCAACUGAUCAAAUCGAAAACACGUGGCUACGCAUGGCGUCGGUGCAGUCCUACAAGACGCUCGACAAGCCCGAGCGUGUCCAAUCAGACCCUCCCGCUGCUUUCGUCCUCCGCGACGUGCCGCUCCAGUGCGCGGACAACGUCGCGAAUGCGAAGCAUUUAGUGGAUUGGGUGACGUUGGAGGAUGCCCCGUUUAAGCCCAACAAGGAUGCUGGCGAGAUCGCCUUCACCAUGCAGCUGCGCACCUUGCCGAAGGGCGCGAACGGCGAGCAGUGCGCGCUGAAGUACGUCAGGUUCGACAACAAGGGCGCUCGCCAUCCACUGGGGGGGGGUUCGGCCGACACUAAGACGCCACUCAAUCUCUUUCACUACAUGAUGGACAGGCUGGGCGGGGUGCAGAUCCGCCAUUGGGUUCAGCCGUCCGUGGCCGCCGCCGUCGGCGGUGGCGGUUACGACAAGGAGAAGCGAAGGGCGGGCUACCGUUUCAUAGAGGAGUUCGGCCCGAGGGCAAACAACCGCAACCAGUUCGCGGAGUGGACCGACGAACAGAUCAACGACGAGAAGUCGCCGAUCUUUGGCUGGCAGGCAUCGGAAGUCAAGGAGUCGCUCCGCAACUACGCGUCGGGCUCUGUUGGCGCGAGGACGCUCGAGCGCUGGGCGAUCACGCUCAAGCGCUUCCACCCGUUCGUGUUCGACAACAUCGUCGUCCCCAUUCUCAAGAGCCACGACGUGCACGGGACCAUGUGGAUCGGCAAGACCAGGGUCGGCAAGUCCACGAAAAUCGACUUUUCGCGGCUCGAGCCUGGAACUGUGCACAAGCCCGCUAUCGCGGACGACACCGCCCUCACGAAGUGGGCCCCCGAUGAGAUCAUUGCCUUCCUGGACCCCGCCGAGGAGGACGCGCUGCUGCGGGCGAGGCGGGGCGGCGCCUCCUUCGAGCAGAACCAGCCCCGCCAGAUCUGCGCCAACCCCUACGACCAGGAGUUCGAGAAGAAGGUGUGUUCCAUCCGCAGAGGCCAACAAGUGGUCAAAUUCGACGACUUCCUCAAAAUCAUAGAUCGCAACUUCGCUGGCGAGAAGCAGCGCGGCUACCAGACGGCGGACGUGGAGGCGUGCAUGGCGGGGUCCAACAUCGCGCUGCUCACUGACGACUGGAUGCACCUGCGGUUGGCGUCUACGACUAAGGAUCCAGCCCCCCGCUUCCCGUGGCCAGUGCCCGAGAAGCCAGACCUCUUCACGCCCGAGACCACCCCUAUCCUGAAGCGGUUCAAGAAGGACCAGACCUUCGCGCCGCCCGACUACGGCGCGCACAUAAAGUGGGCCGUGGCCGCCAUGAAGAAGCUUGCUCGCGGCGAGGACACCGGGCGCUCGAGGACGGUUCGCGGCCCCACGCUCUUCGACCAGGACGCGCCCCCGAGGUAUGAGUUCGCUGCAAUGGACGGUGAAAUGAACGUCGGCGCCGACGCAUCCGCCGCCGUCAGCGCGGCCGCGCCGCCUGCGCCCGCCAUCCCAGGCAACCCAGAUGACGACGACGCCGACUCUGGUCUCGGCGGCGAGAUGAGAGGCGCCGCCGCAGCAGAGGACGAGGAAGACGUCUUCGGCUUCGGCGGCGGGAUGGAUGGGGUGUUCCGCCAGCGCCUCCAGAAGUCCAAGGAUUGCGGCGCCAUUCAUUUGGACACGCCGACGCCGAAGAAGAAGCGCACGGACAUCGAGGAGGACCUCUCGCAGAUGCUAGAGGCAUCCAAGCAGGACAACGCGAGGGUGCGCGCGCACGAUUUCUCCCGCCCUCCCCGCACCCACCGCAAUUGCCCGCACUGCUUGACGGCGAGGCAGAAGAAGACCGCCCUCGACAGAGCGUGGGACUUCGUGCAGGCGGAGGCCCCCCGCGGAAAUUUCGACGGCCAGAGGGUCCUGUGGUUGGAGCACCAGUACGUGGAUCCUGACUCCCCCGUCGGCCACAUGAAGCGGGAGUUUGUGAACAGCUUGCUGAAGUGCAUCGCGGACCGCGACCAUUUCGCGACCAAGGAGGAUUACCACCCGCUCCUAAAGAGAAACGUCCGCAAGGAAUACCAGCCGAUGACGAACAGGACCUUGCAAACGCUGACGUGCAACACGAUGCAUACGAUCGGGGAGGCUGGCUUCGGGAAGGUCGGGGAGCCCUGGGCGCCCUGCGCCCUCGAUGACGGCGACCUCGCAGAUCAGCGGCCUCGCGUCGUCAAAGCCUUCUUUGACCCCACGCAGGCUGAGGCCAUGACCUACGCGCGCUGGGGGGCCGCGAAGUUCGUGCGCGGCCAAGCGAGGCGGCUGGCGAACUCGAAGUGUCGGGGCCGGCCAGGGGCCAUGCUCAAGCGGUGCAACGUCGCCCUGAGCACGCAGCACUCGUUCUUCUUCAGGCCCGCUGGCAAGGACUCGGUCGUUGAGAAGUUGCCCCCCAUGAGCACCUACAUCACGGCCGAGGCGGGCAAUAUUUUGAUGCGGCCCCUCAAGCACAAGAAGCGCCGCGACCAGGAGGAGUGCGACAGGCUCUUCGCCUUCGAGAAGAAAGAUAUGCUCAAGCCCAUGGCCGAGGCGCGCGACGCAGCGGGCGCGCGCGGCGAUGGCGGGGAUGGCGCCGCCGCCGCCGCCGCGGGCGGCGCGCCAGCUUGCGCCGCGGCGCUGCGGGAGGCACGCCAGUCGGGUGGCGUUUGGGCCGCGCCCGAGGACGACGACGUGUUCUGCCGCCGCGGCGGCGCCGACGCAAGGGCCGACGUCGCGGACGAGGAGGGCGUGCUCGGCUUCGGCGGCGGCAUGGGCGCGGCCGAGCCGGCGCCGCCCAAGGAGCUGACGGCGGCGCGGAACGCCCGCGUGGAGCUGCUCAUCAAGUCCGGGACCAACAAGGGCAUGAUUGUGCCGUGGCAGGCGGGCGCUGCCUCGGGGUCGAGCGGCGGCGCGAGCGCGCCGAAUGGCGCGGCGGCGCCUGCUGACGCCGCGCCCGAGGCGCAGCCCCUGAUCGUCGGUUGCCGCGGCGCUCUCCCUGAGGAGGACCACUGCGAGCAGAUGGCGAUCUUCCGCAGCCUCGCCAAGGCCCGCCACGGCGCGUGCAAGGACCUGGUCACCGCGCCCAGGAAGACCACGGAGACGGGCUUGGCGCGCGGCGGGCCGCCCUCGCCCGUCAGCCUUCAGGAGCAGCAGGCGAUCUUUGCGUGGAUCGCGUCGCAGGCGCAUGGGGGAACCGUCGCGAUAGACGACGGAGACGUCGACUUGGACGCAGAGAUGGAGGCCAUGCUCGAAGCCGAUGAGCCUGGUGGCGAUGUGGCGAUGCCGAUUAGCCCGACGGCGGCGUGGCCGAGCAGCCUGAUAGCGAUGCCGACUGAGGCGCGGUGGGGGCAGCCGGCGGCCAACGCUGCCCCCGCGGUUAUGAACCGCUCGCGCAUGCGCAUGGCAUCCCGCGCUAAGUACUCGGGCGCCCACGAGAAGCACAUCGUCUUCGGCAAGGACCAGGGCGGCAACGAGCUCGGGUGGGCGGGCGUGGAGGCGGACGAGGUCUACGCGGCGAAGAGCGGGGGGGCCCGAACGCAGGGCGUGACCAAGCACUUCACAUGCGACGUAGGGGCCAUGCUCAAGCGGUGCAACGUCGCCCUGAGCACGCAGCACUCGUUCUUCUUCAGGCCCGCUGGCAAGGACUCGGUCGUUGAGAAGUUGCCCCCCAUGAGCACCUACAUCACGGCCGAGGCGGGCAAUAUUUUGAUGCGGCCCCUCAAGCACAAGAAGCGCCGCGACCAGGAGGAGUGCGACAGGCUCUUCGCCUUCGAGAAGAAAGAUAUGCUCAAGCCCAUGGCCGAGGCGCGCGACGCAGCGGGCGCGCGCGGCGAUGGCGGGGAUGGCGCCGCCGCCGCCGCCGCGGGCGGCGCGCCAGCUUGCGCCGCGGCGCUGCGGGAGGCACGCCAGUCGGGUGGCGUUUGGGCCGCGCCCGAGGACGACGACGUGUUCUGCCGCCGCGGCGGCGCCGACGCAAGGGCCGACGUCGCGGACGAGGAGGGCGUGCUCGGCUUCGGCGGCGGCAUGGGCGCGGCCGAGCCGGCGCCGCCCAAGGAGCUGACGGCGGCGCGGAACGCCCGCGUGGAGCUGCUCAUCAAGUCCGGGACCAACAAGGGCAUGAUUGUGCCGUGGCAGGCGGGCGCUGCCUCGGGGUCGAGCGGCGGCGCGAGCGCGCCGAAUGGCGCGGCGGCGCCUGCUGACGCCGCGCCCGAGGCGCAGCCCCUGAUCGUCGGUUGCCGCGGCGCUCUCCCUGAGGAGGACCACUGCGAGCAGAUGGCGAUCUUCCGCAGCCUCGCCAAGGCCCGCCACGGCGCGUGCAAGGACCUGGUCACCGCGCCCAGGAAGACCACGGAGACGGGCUUGGCGCGCGGCGGGCCGCCCUCGCCCGUCAGCCUUCAGGAGCAGCAGGCGAUCUUUGCGUGGAUCGCGUCGCAGGCGCAUGGGGGAACCGUCGCGAUAGACGACGGAGACGUCGACUUGGACGCAGAGAUGGAGGCCAUGCUCGAAGCCGAUGAGCCUGGUGGCGAUGUGGCGAUGCCGAUUAGCCCGACGGCGGCGUGGCCGAGCAGCCUGAUAGCGAUGCCGACUGAGGCGCGGUGGGGGCAGCCGGCGGCCAACGCUGCCCCCGCGGUUAUGAACCGCUCGCGCAUGCGCAUGGCAUGCCUCCCAGCACUGUGCUCCGAUCGCAGUCGUGUCCGCAAUGCCCGCGCUAAGUACUCGGGCGCCCACGAGAAGCACAUCGUCUUCGGCAAGGACCAGGGCGGCAACGAGCUCGGGUGGGCGGGCGUGGAGGCGGACGAGGUCUACGCGGCGAAGAGCGGGGGGGCCCGAACGCAGGCCCCCGCUUGCAGAAGCCCAUCAUCUGGGAGCAGCGGGGGCGGCAUAGUUCAGCGCGGAAGCCCCGGGCCCCUGGCCCUCUUCAGGCUGAAGCCAGGGAAGGCCAAGCGCAGGGCGCCUGGCCCUGGCCCGACACGGAAGGGGGACUGGGCACCCAAGGCGCCCAGGUGGCUGAAGCUUCGCCGCGCCAUCCUCCACGCGGACGGGGCGAGGUCGCACAGGUUGAAGAUCGACGGCGCCCUGCGCGAUUGGGUGGUGCGCAAGAAGAAGAAGGCGAAGCUCGGUGGGAAAUUGGCGCGGGCGAAGCCCGCCUUUACAAAGCUGAUCGAGCGCGCGUCGGGCGAUCUGCGCAGGGCGGUCGGCAAGGGCACUGCGAGGGCGGCGGGGUCUGCCCUUCCCCGCAACAAGGCGGCCCAGCGCGACAUGCGCAGUUGCUGUCUGCUCUCUGGCUUAUAUAAGGCGCGCUCCUUCCAGUGGGCGCAUUGGAAUCGCGGCGGCGACCUCUGGCUCGCUACUGGCCAGAUGCCCCGCGACGCGUGGGCCAAGGACCACGCGGCCGCCCGGAAGAUCCAGUCCGUGCACCGUGGCAAGGCGGCGCGGCAGGAGGUCGCGGAUAUGGAGCAGAGGCGGAAGGAACUCGCCGAAGAGGAGAACGCGGCCACGAAGAUACAGGCCAAAUACAGGGGGAUGGCGACCCGCAAGAGCAUGCACGGAGUCGACGUCUCGCCGAGCCCCGUGCGCCGCGUCAGCGCGCAGGCCGAGGAGCUGGUGAGCAAGCAGGUGCUGCAGGGGGCUGGCGAGGACCUCCCGACGGGGACCGACGAGGAGAAUGCGGCGGCAGCCAAGAUCCAGGACGGCGGGGAGAAGUCCAGGCAGGAGUGCUUGUCAGCGUUGGUCGACGCGCUCGGCGAGGACGAUAAGGCCAAGGACGAGUGCGUGCAGGCCUUGCUCGGGAACGUCAUGGACGGCGGGGAGAAGUCCAGACAGGAGUGCAUGUCGGCGUUGGUCGGCGCGCUCGGCGAGGACGACAAGGCUAAGGACGAGUGCGUGCAGGCCUUGCUCGGGAACAUCAUGGCGUCGGGGGACCGAAACAUCGCCUUGAAGAGCGAGAUGUGCGCCGCUCUGGAGAUGGCCAUGGCGGCCCUCCUCGGCCCGGAGGCGGAGGCCCGCGCCGAGGUCCGCGGCGCGCUCCGCGCGGCCCUGGCGGAGGACCUGCCGGCGGGGACCGACGAGGAGAACGCGGCAGCAGCCAGGAUUCAGGAAGCCGUGCACCGCGGCAAGAAGGCGCGCCUGUCGGUGGCCGAGCAGCGCGCCGCGGCCGCCGGCUCGGCCCGGGAGGAGGACGUAGCUUCGGCGGCGCCUGGCCGAGGGGGGAGAGCUCCCGGAGGGCACUCCGCGGCGGGCACUCCGCGGCUGGCCUCUCGGGGGAGCAGCCACGAGGUGCAGUGGAAACUGCAGAGCGCGGCCGCGGCCGACGCCUGA